AUGACGAAGGAAACGUCAUCGUUUGGGAAGUGUCACAAUAAGAUGUACAUGUUGUGCCACUGCUGUGGCUCUAAGGCCUACCACCUUCAGGAGUUGACCUGUGGCAAAUGUGGCUACCCCGCCAAGCGCAAGAGAAAGUAUAACUGGAGUGCCAAGGCUAAAAGACGAAAUACCACCAGGACUGGUCCAAUGAGGCACCUAAAAAUUAUAUACCAUGGAUUCUGUGAAGGAACAACACCUAAACCCAAGAGGACAGCUGUUGUAACAUCCAGUUCAUCUUAA